AUGGUGAAGAUAUUAAUGGAUCUGAGGAGAAAUAUUAACUUGGUUAUUUUGUUGGUUUUGUUGGGCCAUGCAAAGGGAGAAAAUGUUGUGUUCAAUGUGAAACACAAAUUUGGUGGGCGUGGAGGCUUGGGUUUGAAAGACCUCAAAGCCCACGAUGUUCAUCGUCAUGGUAGAAUGCUCGGUGCAGCCGAUUUUCAAUUAGGCGGCAAUGGCAGUCCUACCAGUGCAGCGUUAUAUUUCACUAAGCUUUCAAUUGGAACACCUUCCAAGGACUACCAUGUUCAGGUUGAUACUGGAAGUGACCUUUUAUGGCUAAAUUGUGCGGGAUGUGACAAAUGCCCUACAACAAGCAAACUCGGGAUAGAGAUGGCACAAUAUAACUUACAAGCGUCAACGAGUGGGAAAUCUGUUACCUGUGAUCAAGAUGUUUGUGCUACAAUGUUUGAAGCAACUAGCUCAGACUGCAAGGUGGGAAAACCCUGUGAAUAUAUGGUUACUUACGGAGAUGGAAGCACAACCGGAGGAUACUUUGUAAAAGAUAACAUUUACUUAGAUCAAGUCUCUAGAGACAAUAACACAUCACCCCUCCAAGGAAAUGUAGCAUUUGGGUGCUCAUCUAAACAAUCUGGAGACCUAGGUACAUCUACUAAUGCAGUUGAUGGGAUAAUUGGUUUUGGAGCAGCAAACACGUCCGUCAUCUCACAGUUAGCUGCUGCUGGAACUGUCAAAAGAGUAUUUUCACAUUGCCUUGAUGGAGUUAGUGGAGGUGGUAUAUUUGCUAUUGGACAAGUAGUUGAACCAAAAGUAAACUCAACCCCAUUACUCCCAAAUCGGCCACAUUAUACUAUUUCUCUCAAGGAUAUUGAGGUUGAUGGUGAAGUUUUAAACAUUCCGACUUCCAUAUUUGAGUCGAAGUCUAGUAAAACAGCAGUAAUUGACAGUGGAACAACUUUAGUAUAUCUUCCAAGCAAGGUCUAUAAUGCUCUCAUGAACAAGCUUAUGGCAAAACAACCAGAGUUGAAGACUCAUCAUCAUGAGGGUAGCUUCGAGUGCUUUACAUACAGUGGAAAUGUUGACGAUGGUUUCCCCGCUGUAUCAUUUAAGUUUAUGGAAAAUCUUACUUUGACAGCCUAUCCCCAUGAUUAUCUUUUCAAACUUCAUGACGAUGACUGGUGUAUCGGUUGGCAAGAGGGAAUGAAGGGAAAGGAUGGAGAUGAACUUUAUCUGUUAGGAGAUCUUGUGUUAUCAAACAAGCUUGUUUUAUAUGAUCUUGAAAAAAAGACGCUUGGUUGGACUCAAUAUGACUGUUCUUCCAACAUUAAGGUGAAAGAUGAUAACUCUGAAAAUGUGUAUACAGUGGGAGCUCAUAAGAUUUCAUCAGCAUCUACAACUGCUUUUACAUUAUUCUUCUCACUUAUCUCUUUCCUAUGCUAUUUCUUCAACUAAUCCAUCAUGUACCAUAAUUA